UUUGUUGUAAGGUUUGAAGACCCAAUGUACGCCUGUGCAAUCGCAGAGGAGGGAGAGCUCGAGAGGGGGGGGGCAGCAAGCGAGCAAUCUCGGGGCAAAAUGUUUUAGGAAGAGGGUUACGAAAGAAAUGAGUCAGUUAGCUUGUAACAUAUAGUUAACUCAGGUUACUGUAAUUAAGGGAAGAAUUUUGUCUGAUCUCAGGAGAAAACAUUACGUAAUAAGACUUUCUUGUCGCAUACGAAAUUGGACCUGGGCUGCUACUGAAAUGCGUCAUGGUUUUACGAAUUCAGACGGUUAGCUUUGCGUGCCAGCUGCCCAGUUAGCAGUGUCCCUGGUUAUAGCGGGUUCUUUCAGAUAGCUAGCUAGUGUCAUCUGUAGUUUGGACUACAAACGACACCCGUCGCUCGCACGAAGUCUCGAAACAACAUUUUUAGGAAGUAAACCAAGAACUGCGCAGGCGACGGUCGCACUUCUUUUGAAUACCAUGAUAUGCCACCGGAGGUGUCCUGUUCUGGGGUGAAUUGGACAAGUGCUACUUUUUUUACUUCGAUUACUCGGAGGAAAACAUUCAGCGUGUCACUGUCACUUCGGAGCUGUGGCCACGAUUUUAUCCAGCCAUCAACGUUGCCAGGUUGAUGCUGGCUACACGGACUAGCAACUGCUACGCAAGACUACCCAAGAAUCCUAGGUAAACUUAGCCUAGCUACAUGUGGUUAGCCUCAAAUGAUUUCCUAAUCUCCCAAUAUUGUCCAGAGUCGAGGACGUCUUGACCUCACAGGAAAACUGCAUACAAGAUGGAGAGUGAGAAGAGGAGAAAGUACUCCACCAGUAGCAAUGACUCUGAUACCACUGACAGCCAAGUGACAACCUGGUCGCGUUCUUCAAAGAACACUGGGACCAAUAGCACGUGGGUACGACAGGAACAGAGAAAACCAUCAGAGGUGUUUCGGACAGAUUUUAUCACAGCCAUGAAGCUGCCUGACUCAGCCCAGCUGAACCCAGAGGACUUUUAUGUUCUGUCAGAUCCUUGGAGACAGGAAUGGGAGAAAGGUGUUCAGGUCCCAGCGAACAUGGAGGCCGUUCCUGUGCCUGUGGUCAGGAUGCUUCCUGAGGUCAAUCGAAUUCCAUUCUUUUCGUCAGUUCGGAGGAGAGACCAUGCAGAGUUACACUUAGGAGACUCACAGAUUCUUACAGACACAAUGAGCCGAUAUGAUCUGGACGAUCUGGAUGUGACCUGGCUUGAACUUGUUAAUGCAGAGUUCAGAGAACUAGCACUGCCAGAAUUGGACGAACUGACCAUGGAGCAAGUUCUGGUGGAGUUGGAAAGCCAGUGUGAAGAGAACAUGCAGGAAGCCAUUGAGGCAGAGGAAGGCUUGGGAAUUGAGUAUGAUGAGGAUGUAGUUUGUGAUGUGUGCCAUUCACCUGAAGGUGAGGAUGGCAAUGAGAUGGUUUUCUGCGACAAGUGCAACAUCUGUGUACACCAGGCAUGCUAUGGCAUCUUAAAGGUGCCUCAGGGGAACUGGUUGUGUCGGACAUGUGCACUUGGGGUGCAGCCGAAAUGUCUGCUGUGUCCCAAGAGAGGAGGAGCUCUGAAGCCCACCCGCAGUGGAACGAAAUGGGUCCACGUCAGCUGUGCCUUAUGGAUCCCUGAGGUAAGUAUUGGCUGCCCUGAGAAGAUGGAGCCUAUCACCAAGGUGUCACACAUUCCUGCCAGUCGCUGGGCCCUGUCCUGUAGCCUGUGCCAAGAACAUACAGGCACAUGCAUACAGUGCUCCAUGCCUUCCUGCAUUGUUGCCUUCCAUGUGACCUGCGCCUUUGACCAUGGCCUGGAGAUGCGUACCAUCCUCGCAGAAAAUGAUGAGGUGCACUUCAAGUCCUACUGCUUGGAGCAUAGCAGUGUCUCGCACCCAAACAGCAGCAAUGUAGAGAAGUUUGAAUCAAGACACACAAAUGUGGGACAGUCAAAGAGUGAACAAGUAGACCGGAAUCAAACAGAAAUAGAAAAGGCCAGCCAGCGCAAACAGAAGCUGCAGGAACUGGAAGAUGAAUUUUACCACCUGGUGGAUCCCAAGGAUGUUGCUGAGAACCUUGGCCUGCCAGAUGCUCACGUGGAUUUCCUCUACCAGUUCUGGAAGCUCCGUCGCAGGGCUAACUUUAACCGUCCACUUGUGACUCUGAAGAGAGAUGAGGUGGACAACCUGGCUCAACAGGAGCAAGAUGUGCUAUAUCGCCGUCUAAAGCUCUUUACUCACCUGAGACAGGAUCUGGAGAGGGUCAGAAACCUGUGCUAUAUGGUCACACGGAGAGAAAAGAUGAAGCACAACUUGUGUAGCCUACAAGAGAAGAUCUUGAACCUGCAGAUUCAGCUCCUGGAAGAGGACUUGACUGGAGAAAAAAGACUGAAAGUUGAUAAGGAGUAUCAAAAUGGGGCGAAGGAGAAAGGAAAAGAACGGAAGAAGAGAAGUCCAGAGAAGAUGCAGCAAUGGAAGAACAGCUCUCUUCUCAAACAGCUGGAUUUCUCCACAUCCUUCCCACUAGAAGGUUCGCUAUUUAACAGCUGGCUAGCACAGUCUGUUCAGAUCACAGCAGACAAUAUGUUGAGUCAAUGGGCAUUGGCUGGAGAGCCACGUGACCCCUCUGGUAGCCUUCUAUCUGACCAGCUGCUGCAAGGUGAGGAGAGUCUGCUUAACCUGAUGAUGGACCACUCCAUGAAGUCCACCUGGAAGACCCCUCAACUGGGUCGCAAAGCUAGAGGCAAAUCCCAGGGAAGAGGCCACAAGCAGAUCACCUCUGGCCCAGGAGUCGGUGUUGGGUGUACAUUCAAAGGUAAAAAACCUUUUGAACAUCGGGAAGUUCAUGGCAGCAGAUGGGGCAAAAGACUACACUCUUUAAAGGCUUUGCACCACCAUCACCACCACUACCACCUUAGUCAUGCCCAAACAAGUACCACUGAUGGCAAAGUGGAUCUGAUACAGCCACCUAUAUCCAAAAUGGACUCUUGCCACAUUUCAGAGAAGAAUGAGCUUUGGGAGAGUGUUGGUAAUGCAGGAGUAACACCUGCAGCCUCUGCACCUGACUGCCCAACUGCUCCAAAAACAGAGGGCAGCAGGAGCUCCCAAGUGGCCUUACAACUUCGACUCCCAAGACAAGGCAAGUCCCGGUUUAAAAGAGUGGGAGCCUCUGUGCAGGGAAGUAGUAGUGAGAAAGAAAGCUCAUUGCUGGACACCGAGACUGAUGGUUACUUCUCAGAUGCUGAACAGAGUGACUCAGAUUCCCGUCCUGCUAGCCGUAAGUUGCACUUGACCCCGCUGCAUCCUGGUAAUGAGGAGGUACUGAGACAAAGUGUUCUGGCCUCCUGAAUGUGUGAAUCAAAUACAGUUGGAGGAAAAGUGUGUCUUUGUUCAAGAUACCUUGAUUUCUAUUCUUUUCAAUCAAUUUGGUGACAAAAUGCGAAGUUUACCUGUAGAAUUAUAUCUAUGACCAAAACUCUGUAAUACCUAGUCAGUCAAAUUUGUUAAUGUGACACUGUACCCACAUCAUGUUGUUAUUGGUUGGUGAAGCAUAAUGCUUAUUACCAUUGUAUUUCCUAAGCAGAAUCUCUCUGUCAGAACAAUUUACAAUAGACAUGAACAUUUUUCUUGAUAUUUUGUUUUAUCCUCCAAAUCUGUUUUUGGGAAGCAACUGGAUUUGGUACACUGGUUUAAAAAGUAAGUGAUAAGCAAUCAAAUAGAAAUUUUAUAUGGGCAUUAUUAAGUUGGUUCAGGUUUGUAUUGCUCUUUUGUCUUCAAAAAGUACCAAAUACGUCUUUCCAAUGAAUGUGACCAAUUCAGCCUUUUGGCAGCAAAAACAAUAUACAGAGUAAAAACUAAGCGUCUUUAGAUUCCUAAAAGCACAAGUAAAAGUUUAUUUAUAUAGCGCUUUUUACAACAGACAUUGUCACAAAGCAGCUUUAAAGAAACAAAGUUUAAAAAAAACUGUAGUACGCAAGCACAUUACUACUAAAAUGUAUUUGGUGAAAAUAAGAUUUUAUAUGUUUCACUCACAUAGUUUGUAGUUCGAAAAAUAAAGAGUUCUUUUGCAUAUGUAUAUAACAUACUACACCAUUUUUCAUGUCUUCAAACUAGCCCUGUCUCUUCCAGUUGCCAAGGCUCACUUAGAGUAAGCAGAUAUCUGUAUUAAGAAUUGUGCCUUCUUUUGCUCUCCUGAAAUAAGAUAAUCAGCUAAUUCAACUUAUAUAUCAACUUAUUAUUUGUUUAAAGUGACAAACCCCUUAAAAGCUAAGUUCAGAUGUUUUAGUGCAGUGCCUAGAAAUGCAGCAUUUGCCAUUAAUCAGCCAAACAACAAACUGUGUCUAACGUCGUACCGUUGUUAUGAAAGAUGCUGUCUGCAAAUAGCCUAAAUCACCUGUUUGUUGACUUACAAUCAGCCUCUGUGAGUCUCCAAUUUCAAAAUAGCUGUAAGCUUUCAAUUCCUCCUUAUUGUAUAGCUUAGCAACCCAUGGUAUAUGUCUCAGGGUUAAAGAGCAAGAGCUUAAUCUCAAUCUAAUAAAAAGGAAAAUAAUCACAAAAUCUUUAUUUGCAUUUUUCAUAUGCACACCUUACUGUUGAUAAUCAUGACUACUAAUAGGUAGGCUCUCUGUAGGCUAUCUAAAUAGUUUUUUUUUUAUUAUUAGUGCCAAAGAACAGCAUUUGAAAACUAUACAGUGGGCAUGUUAGUACAAGGUGGUCCACUUCUAAUAACAGGGGUUGAUCUAGCCCCAUGGCGAGAGUAUCAUCAGCUCUCUCAUUUGGGAGAGGGUAACCUCUUUUAAGAGUUUCACGUCAGUUCUCUUUUUUGACAAAUAUCUACAGGCAAUUGCUUUUCACUGCUCUUACACUGUACCUACACAAACCACAAUUUAUAUCUGUUGUAUGACCUUAGUGAUGCAAAAACAGCAACUCUUUUAAGCAUUUCAUUUUUGCUGCUUAUUAUAUUAUGGCCUAAUCUAAGCUAGUAGUAGUAUUCUUAGAUACUACUACUGGGUCAUGCAAUUUUAAGUUUAUAUCCUGACUCUUGAACCAGUACUGGCAUAUAUUACAGCAUACUCCAUUUCGUUUGCAAACCAGAAAAGCAUGUGAGCUCAAACAGACUAUUUCAGUGCAUAGUUUGGACUAACUUAAGCUUAAAUGGCUAAAAACCUUCCGAUUUACUACAAAGAAAGUGUAGAUGUUGUUGUUAUGACGUGUCGCUGAUCAAUCGACAGAGUAAUACUGCAGUACUAAAUAAUGUGAGUAAUAUGGAAGUGUAAUCUAAACCAUUCUGUAUUGUCGUGACAUGAGGAAUCUCUUUUCCUAAAUAUUUUUAGACACCGAAGCCACAAUUUUUAACAUUUUGCAAUAUAAGAUAAAUGGACAUGGAUGUGCUGCCAGUGAAAAGGAACAGAUUUAUUUAUGUUUCCACCCACCUCUGUUUUGUAGUUUUGUACACAUCCAUAGUAAACAUAGAAUACUGUGCCUCUAGCAACUUAGUUUUGCUCUUUAUACUGAAGUCUGCAAGCUUUUCUCUCAGUUUUUUAUUUAUUGUUUAUAUACCAGAAUGAUGACAUUUAACUGCUUGAUAUGAAGUUUGCUUCCAAUUCCUGGCUAAGAAAUUAUUUUAGGUACAAGUGGAGAAUAAAAGCUCUUCAAGCUAGGUAACAACAUGGAUAUGUUGCUUUUACACAAAAUAAAUUCCUAAUACAAGCAGCAACUCGAUGUUGUUCUUUAUAGUACCUAUCAGCAGCAAAAGUAAUGAGACAGUAGUUGGGUGUAUUUUUGUAAAAAGUAAGUGCUAAAAUGGUGAUGAGUUGCAGUUCAAAUCACCCUUCAUUGUGACUUAGAGUGCAGCUUUCAUCAAUGUAGAAAAGGAGCCUUUGCUUUUGCUGUCUAGUAUUCAGAGGUCAGUUGUAGGAAUGUUUCAUCCCUUGGAUUCAGUAAAACUCCACAUUCGCAAUUUUGUUCAGUGUUCUCAACAAUUCCUGUAUUCUGCAUGUAUUAAAUGAUCAGGUGAUUCAGAAGCUGGGUUCUUAUAUGGGCCAUAUAUAGGGUUUCAUGUUCUUGUCCAGUAUGUUUUCAUGUCUCAUGACUUUGUAGUGACAUGUAAAAGUUUGGGGACUCUGCUCAAAAUUUCUGGGAUUGUGAGUAGCUGUUUCCAAAAGGCAUAAAGCUGACAUAAACUUAAAUUUAAGCAAGGCUGCUUCUUUAUUUCUGUCUGUUAAGAGUUUCAAAAGAACAAAAAGGAAAAGGGCCUGAUGUAAAAGGGGACCCUGAAUAGUCAGUACUUAGUAAUGCCCCCUUUAGCAUGUGUCACGGCUUUUAAACACUUUUUGUGACCUUCUAAGAAAGCAAUUCUUGUUUAGAGGAUUUUCACCCAUUCUUAUUUGAAAAAGACUUCUACUUCCAGUUUCUUGGGCCAACCUACAUGCACUGCUCUGUUGAGGCCUAUACACCAAUAUUUGAUGAACUUUAGCUUGGGACACUAUGAGGGCCAUGGCAAACCUUCAGCUUGCACCUCAAGGUAAAUCCAUUAUGAAUUUUAAAGUGUAUUGAGAAUCAUUAUCCUGUUGUAGAAGCCAUCCUAUUUUUAAUCUUCAGUGUUUUUACAGUUGGUGUUUUUUUACUUCCAGAAUUUUCUGGUAUUUAAUUUAAUCCAUUCUUCCUUCUACCGGUGAAAUGUUUCCCAUGCCGCUAGCUGCAACACAAGCCCUAAGCUUGAAUGAUCCAUCCUUGUGCUUAACAGUUGGAAAGGUGUUUUUUUUUCAUGAAAUUCUGCACCCUUUUUUCUACAUACAAACCUUUGCUGAUUGAGAUCACAAAGUUUAAACUUCAUCAGUCCACAGGACUUGUUUCCAAAAUGCUUCGGACUUGUUUAGAUGUUCCUUUGCAAAGUUCUGAAGCUUAAUCUUGUGUUGAGGAUGCAGGAAAGGUUUUCCAUGAAGGUCAUAUUUGUGUGCCACAACUCCUAAGUCUGCUAAAUCUACCUGAAGGUCUUUUGCCUUUCUAGCAAUCCUUUUCUUGGUCUUCUAGAACCUCAACGUGACUGCUCCUGUUAACUGGCACUUCUUCAUUACAUACCGAUCUGAGGAAACUCCUGCCUUGUGGGCAUCAAUUAUCUUAAUAUUCAGAGUGCUGGACAUGGAAACCAUGGCUCCUGUCUUCACUUUAAAAUUGUACAAAGCAAAAUAAUACAGUAAUCUUGCUUAAACAUUUGAAAGAAUGUUUCAUCUGUAUGCCUUUUGGAGAUGAGUAUAUUUUCUGUUCCACUUAACGUCUCGCAUUAACUGAAAUUUUGAUCAGGGAUCCCUAAAUUUUGCAUGCUAAUGCAGAUCCCCAGAUGGCCUCCCAAAAGGGGACUGGUCAAGUCUCAGUGUUAUUAUUUGUUGGCCACACAUGCUUUUUUUCCUGGAGCUUUCUUGUAUGUGUGUUACAAAAGGGAAGAUCAAUAUCAGAAAGAGAACUUGAUCCUUUUUAGAACCUGCUGAUAGCAUCUCACACCUUUAAACAUCCAUUGUCAUUACCCAUCUUGUAAAUGUGACAUUUUUGUUAUCAAGUACUAUUCCCACUUAAUAUUGGCUCUGCUUCUGUUAGUAUGAUAAUAUGAAUGUUGCAGGAGUUUCCUUCUGUAUCCUUUGUUUUAGAGAAUGUUGUGCCAUUUGUUAAUAACAGAGAGAAAAAUAUUAAACAUAUUGAGGGAGGGAAAAGCUAUUUUAAAUUAUUUGGGGCUUUUUUGCUAUAUUUAUUUUGUUGUAUUACGAAUCAUAUUUGUAGGAGGACAGAAGACAAAUGUAUUUUUCAUUAGUGCGAAAAGCUAUUUUACUUUUUGUACAUUUUCUCCAUGUAAGCAGUCUUUAAAGCAAUAUAAUGUUCCAUCAUAUAUCUGCAUGUUGUUUUUGUUGCCUUAAUAAUGGCUGCAUUCACUGUGGCUUUUUCACCUGUCCCUGUCGUUGCCCAAUACCCUGGUGUGGUUGACCAAUGUAGUCAAUAAAGCUACGCUUUCUGUGUA